AUGUCUUUCCUCACAGAGAACGUCAUCCGCCGUGUAGCCCUCGCUCCUCGCGUCAUUGCCUUCCAGGCUCCUCGAACAUUCACCACCAGCUUUGCAUUGCAGCGAACUGCCGCAGAUGCUGUCAAGGACACUGCCAAGAAGGUUGAUCGUGUUGUGAGCGACAAGAUCGUUGACGGCAUUGAGGCUGGUGAGAACGUUGCCGCAAAGGCUAAGGAUGCUGCCCAGGAUGUGACUGGCGGCAGCGCCAGCGGAAAGGCCCAGGAGCUCCGAGGAGAGGCUGCUGGCAAGGCUCAGGAGCUCAAGGGUGAGGCAAAGGGCGCUGCUGAGCAGGCCAAGGGCAAGGUGAAGGGUGCCGCCGAGGAGGUCAAGGGCAAGUUGUAA